AUGAUCGCAAGAAGGAGGAAAAAAAACUUUGUUGAUACAUUGAAUAGAGUUCUAGAUGCUAUAAUCGAUGACGAUGAAAGUUUGAAGAAACUUCAUAGCUUUGGAAUUGGUGACGUAUUAACACAACGUACUGAUAGCAUAUAA